AUGUAUGCAGGAAUGCGUCUUAGAGUUGUCGCAUUGCUCUUGAUGCUCGUCACAUAUCUGUGCGUUCCGAGUGCUGCGCUCGGUGUUGCCGCUGAGGAUACGAUUCAGGGCUCGCGUACCGUUCUCCGUGCUGCACCGGGCACAGAGUUUCGGAUUGGUGGCCCUGUCACGAUCCAAAACAUGACGAUCGCUGCAAACUAUCUCGUUGGAAUCGAGGUGGCGCCAAUGCCCCCGGGCAUGCCAGAUCCAGCGGCACAAAAUGUUGUGCAUUUGGAGGCUGAUGUGCACGCCACAUCCACGAAUCCCUGGGGAUUCCCCAAUGGAUCCUGGAUCCCGUACCUGAGCAUUGUCUACACGAUCAGCAAAGAGGGAUCAUCCUGGAGCGCCCGGGGUGUUCUCAGCCCUAUGACUGCAGAUGAUGGCCCGCACUACGCCGACAGUCUGACACUUGCGGGUCCGGGUCGCUAUGCGCUCAUAUACAAGCUCAUUCCACCGCAAGUGAAUGGUUUUCUAAGACACGUUGAUCACGCGACUGGUGUGCCCGACUGGUGGACGCCCUUCGAGGUGCCGUUCAACUUCACGUAUCCGGUUGAAACAGCGUCAGCAUCUUAA